AUGAAUUCCUCCGCGGAGGCCCGCCCCCCGCCGAACAAGUCAGUCAAGAAGAAGGAGGAAGUCAGGGGUUCGAAGCCACGCUCGGCCGCUGGCCGACAACGAAAGCGUCCGCCCAGCGGUUCUGACGGCGCACCCACCAGCUCACCCCAAGGUACCCAAGUGUGCCUCGACUCUACGCACUGGCUCGUUUGUUGCACGUUAUCAGCCAUUGUCGUCGUGGUGCUAUCGACGCUGUGGGUCAUCAGCUCUGUCUGCUCUUCGCCGCAAAACGCCUCCUACACCUGCGUGACCCAAGGCUGCCUUGCCUAUUCGCGUCGGCUCCUCGCGUCCAUCAACAGUUCGGUAAACCCGUGCACGAGCUUCACGCGCUUCGUUUGCGAUGGUUGGCAGCACGGCCAACGCCUCAGUGUGUGGGAAGACCAGUUCCACUUCGUCUUGGACAGGCUCACUAAAGAACUGCAGGGUGUCGACAUACCCAAGACAGAACAGAACGAAGAGCAGCAGGCGGCCGCCGUGUACAGCAGUUGCACCAGCGUGCUUUACGGAGGUAGCGACGAGCUCGAAGCCGUAAAGACCGCACUCGAAGAUGCUGGUAUCGUCUGGCCCAGGCCAUCCAAGGGUGCCGACGUGCUUCGAACUCUGUUGCACAGCUCCUUCAAACUAGGUUGGGACGUUCUCUUUGAUAUCUACGUGUCGCCGACAGACCGUACCGUGAAGAUAGCCGUUGACCCUGGAAAAUGUCUCCUCUUCGUGCUGACAAAACGGGAGCGCUUGACGGAUACAAAGCAGAAAAAGGCAUACUUUGAAUUCUUGAAGAAGACCUUCCAACGGGACGGCACAGUCGCCGUAAGCUUCGAAGAGACGUUCGACAUCGCGGAACCUGUGCUGGACAUACUGGGCGAACUUUAUGCACGGGUGUCCGACGAGCACCCAACUGCGGCUGGCGGUUUGUCUCACGCUCCGGAGAUAGGCCUCACCGAAUACCGAUGGCUGUCCAUCCUACAAGGACAUAACGUUAGUGUCGCGAAUGGCCUCCUGCUUGAAACUAGCCGUGUGGAUUAUCUUGAAGCCGCGUUAAACUUUUGGAAGAAACACGGUUCGGACGCUUUCCACUCGUUCGUGUCCUGGUGCACAGUCCAAGUUGCAGCGCUAUUCGCAAGGAGAGACCUUGUUCUAAACUACUACGACUGGAGCCCUCGUCUGGCAGAUAUCUACCACAGGGCCUUCUGCCUGGGUACGUCCAUGUUCUUCUCCAGGAAGGCACCGUUCUCGAGGUACAACGCUCAAGUUCUCCACGGAAAUUCGGAGGCUAUCGCGAGGCAACUGACGCUGCUCGUGCGAAGUGCAUUUUCGAAGCGUCUGUCCAAGUGGGAAUAUUUCGACGAGAGCAUUACUGUCGUCAGCAACUGGAGCUCGCUGAAAAGGGCAUUUAGGAACUUCGAGCCCAGCGAAGAGGAGAACGCGUCUGCAACAGCUCGGGCAAGGCACAUGGCGAGCUCCUUCUUAAGCAACUGGCGGCAGUCGGUGCGCGAGCGACCAACGGAGGAAGUCGAAAAAAUUAUUCGCACCAUCUACAAUCUCGGCUACUACUACCUGUCCUACAAGUUUUACGAUUUCCAGCUGAUGCCGUACGCCCUGUCCUUCCCGCUUUUUGACGUCAGUCUGCCCGCGUCUCUCAAUUACGGAGGCUUUGGGGCCGAGGUGUCUAGCGCUCUCGGCGAGCUGCUCCUCCUCUCCUACGAGGAAGGGAAAAACGUGUCCCAAGUUCUGUCACUGAUCGAAUGCGUUCGCUCUGGGCCGUUCGGUGCGGUCAAGAAUCCCGAGAUGUACACAGCGUACGCAAUCGGAUACGGUCCGCUUGUGGAUGCGUAUAAGAACUACGCUAACGGUUCGGACUGGGCCGUGCUCGGGCUCGAAAAAUACACGGGUCUGCAGCUGCUUUUCAUUGCGCUGUGCUACUUGGAGUGCGAAGGCAAUGACAGAACAGACGGCGAAUCGGUGUGCAACAUACCGGUGCAAUACCUGCCCGAAUUCGCGGAGGCUUUUCAGUGCGCACCGGGCGAUCCCAUGAACCUUGCCAGUCGGUGUAGGCUGCCCUGA